AUGGCGGCUCUUCUGCUCCGAAGGGUGCUCGGGACCCGCCUUCUCCUCCUCCGCUCCCGCACCGGCCCCGGGGGCACAGACAAAGGUUCUCUGACUAAACAAGCUGAAGCAACUGUUGCUACAGACUGGAAAAAAAAAUUGACUCCAGAGCAAUUCUAUGUUACAAGACAAAAAGGAACUGAACCACCAUUCAGUGGAAUCUAUCUGCAUAACACAGAAUCGGGAAUAUACUGCUGCGUGUGCUGCAAUGCCCCACUGUUCAGCUCAGAAAAGAAAUACAAUUCUGGGACUGGAUGGCCAUCAUUUUCUGAAGCUUAUGGUACUUGUGGCAGAGAUGAAAGUAACACCAAUAUCAUGAGACAACCAGAUAACUCAUUGGGAUCAACUAGAACUGAAGUCGUCUGCAAACAGUGUGACGCUCAUCUAGGCCAUGUGUUUGAUGAUGGUCCCACACCUUCUGGGCAGAGGUUCUGUAUCAACAGUGUGUCAUUAAACUUCAAACCAGGCUCUGGACAGUGA